UGGCACAAAAGUCAGUUUUUAUUUGUUACCUUUCAUACUGUAUCUUUGUUCAUUAUCAGAAGACUUGUCUAUGCUUUCAUUCUGUAGCACAAACCUACAUGUCUUUAGAUAUCCAAGAACCCAAGAGUGCGGUUUCUUUUUUCCUGACUGACUCAGAAUCCACAGACACUUCUCCUUCUACUGAAAGGAAACUACCUCUGGACCACAGAGAAACUGAGAAACAGUGGUUGCUGAGAAGAAGGCGAUCUAUUCUGUUUCCUAAUGGUGUGAAAACCUGUCCGGGUGAAAGUGUGACAGAGGCUGUGGCAAACCAUGUGAAAUAUUUUAAAGUACGAGUGUGUCAGGAAGCUGUUUGGGAAGCCUUCAGGACAUUUUGGGAUCGACUGCCUGGGCGUGAGGAAUAUCAUUACUGGAUGAAUUUGUGUGAGGAUGGAAUCACAACUAUAUUUGACAUGGGCACAAAUUUUAGUCAGUCUGUGGAACAUAGAAGUUUAAUUAUGAAGAAACUGACAUAUACCAAGGAAACUGUAAGCAGCCCUGAAUUAUCAUCUCCGUUUCCUGUUGGUGAUACCUCAACAUCGGGAGGUGCUGUUCUCAGUGCUCCAUAUCCAGAGGUGACUACCUCUGAAGGUACCUCAGAGAGCAGCAAGGAGAGGCCUGAGGUGAGUAUUAGCAAUGAAAUUGAGAAUGUGAUAGAAGAAUCCACAAAACCAGCAACUGAGCAGAUUGCAGAAUUCAGUAUACACCUUUUGGGAGAGCAAUACAGGGAAGAACUACAGGAUCCUUCCAACUUCCACCACCAGCACCUUGCGGAAGAGUUUAUUUCAGAGGUUGAAAAUGCAUUUACUGGGUUACCAGGCUAUAAGGACAUUCGUGUACUUGACUUUAGGUCCCCCAAGGAAAAUGGCAGUGGCAUAGAUGUUCAUUAUGCAGUUACCUUCAAUGGUGAGGCCAUCAGCAAUACCACCUGGGACCUGAUUAGCCUUCAUUCCAACAAGGUGGAAAACCAUGGUCUUGUGGAACUGGAUGAUAAACCCACUGCUGUUUAUGCAAUUAGUAACUUCAGAGAUUAUAUUGCUGAGACCCUGCAUCAGAAUUUUUUGUUGGGGAACUCCUCUUUGAAUCCAGAUCCUGACUCCCUUCAGCUUAUCAAUGUGAGAGGAGUUUUACUUCCUGAAACUGAAGACCUAGUUUGGAACACCCAAAGCUCAAGUCUUCCGUCAACCCCACCAUCCAUUCUGGUAACCUUUUUUUCCCCCCCGGAUAAUACCCUUCAAGCUGAAUGGCCCUCAGCAGAUGAAUCUACCACCAGCAGUAUUUCACCACUUGAUUUCAGCUCUGGUCCUCCCUCACCAUUGGCAUGGGAACUCUGGUCAGAGAGCCCUUUGGGUGAUUUAGUGUCUACACCCAAAUUAGCCUUUCCCUCCAAGGUGGGCCUCAGUUCUUCCCAGAGGUUUUAGACAUUAGCGCUGACUCUUCAUUCUGUCACCCCAGCAGUGUUUCAGACUGGCUUGCCUGUGGUUUCUAACGAAAAGACCUCUGGAUCUCACCUAUUAGAAGAUGGAUUAAUCAAAGUUGAAGGGUCAGAAGAUUUUCUUUCUGUUCAGCCAUUGCCUUCAAGUCCAUUCACUCAGCCGGUGCCAAAGGAAACGAUACCAUCUGUGGAAGAUUCUGGAGUGUCUUUGACAUCCUCACCAUAUCUGACUUCCUCUGUUACUUUAGAUCUUCUUGCUAAGGAAGUAACUAUAUCUUCUGGCUUAGACUCUUUGUCCUCCAAAGUCAAAGGCCAAUUAGAAGUGAGCACUUUGAUGCCAGACACAUCCAUAGAAAAAGGGCUUAUAUUUGAAAGUGGUUUAGGCUCAGGGUCUGGGCAAAAGGUAGAUCAGAUUACUUGGCCAUGGAAUGAGACUUCAUUAGAGAAGAGUUAUGAACCACUAUCUAAGUCAUGGCUUGAAGAUCAGGAGUCACUUUUGCCAACUGAGGUUAUAGAUGAGAAAUUAGUUCUAGAUGACAAAAUAGAUUCUACAGGACAAAGUAUUGACUAUUUAAAAUAUGGGCAUUUUGAUAAAUCCACAAAAUUUGCAGAGGAAGAGCUCAUUGGUGGACCUACUGUGCCCAUCUCUGCAGAGACCACAACUCAAUCUGCAUCUCUAGUUCUCUCCAAACAAAUAUCAGAGGUACCUGACAUUGAUUAUUACCCGGUUACCAAAGCACCUCUCCUACUGACAUCUAUAGCAACCUCUGCUUCUACUGAUAAACCAGAUCUACUGUUUCUAAAGGAGGAUGUGGAACAAACUACAGAGUCAUCCAACCAUGAAUGGUUUGAUAACGAGAUUUCAGUAAUGAAGCCAGACAUGCAACAGUUGGGGACCAUAUUGCCAGAAUCAGAUGUAGUUCGGGCAAGAACUUCUUCCCUAGGGAAAUUGUUCAGAGACAUGUUGGCAAGUACACCACAGACUACUGACAAGCUCUGGUUGAAAUCUUCCAUAACACAGUCUACCAAAUUGUCUCCAACCACCAGCUCCACCCUGCUAGAGGAUGAAGUAAUUAUGGGUGUUCAGGAUAUUUCAUUAGAACUGGACCGGAUAGGCACAGAUUACUAUCAGCCUGAGCUAAUCCCAGAGGAAAAUGGCAAGGUUGGUAGUUAUGUGGAAAUGUCUACAAAUGUCCACUCCACAGAGAGGGCUAUUGUGGUACAGCCCACGGAAGGAGGUGACUUGACUCAUACCCAGACUGCAGGAGCUUUGUUGGUUUUCUUUAGCCUCCGAGUGACAAACAUGAUGUUUUCGGAAGAUCUGUUUAAUAAAAACUCUUUGGAGUAUAAAGCACUGGAACAAAGAUUUUUGGAACUGCUGGUUCCCUAUCUCCAGUCAAAUCUCACAGGAUUCCAGGAUUUAGAAAUCCUGAACUUUAGAAAUGGCAGUAUUGUUGUAAAUAGCCGAAUGAAGUUCAUGAAGUCUGUCCCUCUUAAUGUCAACAAUGCUGUAUACAUGAUCCUGGAAGACUUUUGCACCACUGCCUACGAGACCAUGAACUUGGCUAUUGAUAAAUUCUCCCUUGAUGUAGAAUCAGGUGAUCAAGCCAACCUUUGCAAGUUUCAGGCAUGCAAUGAAUCUGAGUGUGUAGUCAACCCCUGGAGUGGAGAAGCAGAGUGUAGAUGCUUCCCUGGGUACCUGAGUGUGGAAGAAUACCCUUGUCAGAGUCUCUGUGAUCUACAGCCUGACUUCUGCUUGAAUGAUGGAAAAUGUGACAUUAUGCCUGGACAUGGGGCCAUUUGUCGAUGCCGGGUGGGUGAGAAUUGGUGGUACCGAGGUGAGCACUGUGAGGAGUUUGUGUCUGAGCCCUUGGUCAUAGGCAUCACCAUUGCCUCGGUGGUUGGGCUUGUCCUCGUCUCUUCUGCUUUUGUCUUCUUCUUUGUCAGGACUCUUCAGGUUCAUUAUGAUAGGAGAGAAACAGAGAGGCCCAUCAGCAGGCAGCCCGACAGUCUCUCAUCCAUUGAAAAUGCUGUGAAGUACAAUCCUGUGUAUGAAAGCCAUGUGGCUGGACCUGAGCAGUAUGAGGGACCCUAUCCUCAGCACCCCUUCUCUAGUUUUGCAGGUGGAGAGAUGAUUGGUGGUCUAAGCAGGGAAGAAAUCCAGCAAAUGUAUGAGACCAGUGGGCUUUCCAGUGAGGAAAUUCAAGAAAGGAUGAGAAUUUUGGAACUGUAUGCCAGUGAUCCUGAGUUUGUAGCUUUUGUGAGAGAACAUCAAAUGGAAGAGCUUUAAUCAAAACUUCUAUUUUGAAACUGAUCAGAAGCCUAGAGAAGAUGGAGAUCCCUUGCUACCUCUGUCAUAUAAUUAACCUGGAUUUUGAACUCUGUUGGAAGAAGAAUUUUCUACUUAAAAAAUAAGUUUGGGGACCAAAUUUUUUUUUCCAGCUUAAAAUUUCAGAAUGUAAUAAGAAAUGUGGCAAUUUUCAUACCUGCAAAGACCAAAAGUUGUAUUUAAAGAAACUGAAAACUGUAUGAGUUCUGGGAAGUAUUCUACAAGGGAAAAAAUGGCCCAAGAGCUGGGGCUGGAUUUGGGGUCUGCUUCUGAAUCUCUGAAGGUGUGUCUCAGAAACAGUAGUUCAGCUUUCCCUGGAGGAAAAUAAGGCAAGACUCUUUCAGGAGAAGGCAGGCUUAGUAAGUGAAUAUUUGGUAGCAUGUUUGUUAUUGUUAGAAUAUUGUGGAAUGAGAAGCCUUUGAAUUAGUUUUAUAAAGUUUGCAGUCAGUCACUCAUUUAAAUAAAAAAAUUAAGUAUUUUUGGCAAUUAGAUUGCUGAAGGAUAAACAACAUUUUUGCUAUAGUAUAGAAUUAGGCUUGUACUUUUUCUACCAGAGAUUUGAAUUUCCUCAGCAUUGAAUCAAGACCACAUUAUUGUUAAGUAUGUCAGUAUCCUAUUUUUUUUUUUUUUUUGGUUGUCAAGGGCAAUACAUAUGUAUAGUGUUUAAUGGGUUCCUGUAGACUGCAGAUGAAUUUAAUCAUAUGGACAGGGAGGGGGUUGGUCAAAGUCACGGCACUGAGAAUAUACUUUGCUGAUUGGUGGGUGGACUAAGUCGAACUAAUGGGCUCCUUGACUCUUCCUCUGCUAUCUCAUGUUGUCCUAGUCAAGUCCUGGAUUUUUCUAGUUCCUGGUAUAUUAAUUGGGAAAGCAGCACUAACUACCUCUCAUAGUAUAGGUUAGCUUGCUUAUAUUGCUUCUUCUUAUGUAAUAGUUUGUGUCUAAAUUCAUUCCUGCUUACAUGAAACAUGACAGGACUUUUAUUGCAAUUAAAAUUUUUAAAAUUAUAUAGGUAGGAAACAUCCACAUAUUAUAUAACUCUUAAUUGAAAAUGGAAGUUUUCCUCUUUCUCUCUAGUAUAUUUUCGAGUGGGUAGCUUUGGAGGGUGCAAGGAGAGGGCCAAAUAAUCUUCACUAUUAAUAUCAAAUUGCAUAUACAAAUAGCUUAUUAUUGAUAUAGUUAUUUUAUGUUAUAUGUCUUCAUGUUUGCCAAAAACAAUCUUGAACAUUUUGAUUUCUUUCUGAUCAGAUUUAACCAGGUUAGACUGACUAUAAGAUAAAAUACUUAAUUCAUGUAUUUUUUUUCUUAACUUGAUGAUUGCCAAUGUCAUUCAUUAUGGAGAUAUCCAAAACUAAAUCUCUGAGUACAUGGCAUAUUAAAACUAUUGAAAGUCUAGAAGAUAUCCAGCUAGUUUGCAAAGUAUGUAUGGUGUGUGUUUGUAUGAAGUUUCCGUAUCUCGGUAUUCUUUUUCAUUUCCUACUCACUUAAUGGAUUUUCUACAAGUUCAGUGUAGACACAAGCCACUGCUCAGACAUUUUCUAUUGGGCUCAUUUGAAAGGAAUUGAUAAUUAAUUAUCUUUAAAGCAUUAUAAAUGUUAAUGAUAUUUGCCACUACUAAAUGCUUAAUUUUAUUUCUGAAACUUUCAAAGAUUUCUGUUUUAACCUUUUUGUGUUUCAAACUUUUCCCCUAAACUUAUAUGUGUUAAAUGAAAAGAAAAUUUGUCUUUAUCACACAUUAACCCUAGAAUGAAACAGUUUGAAUGUCUGCUUGCUGGCAGAGUUCUAGAUGGGCAUAAAAGGAGUCUGGGGCAAGUCACCACAUGGAACAUAGGAGAAGCACAAAUUAAAAGAGCUAAAGAAGAUUGUUGUUUUCUAGACGCUAAGCAGUAAAGUAGGAAUUUGAGAAUCCUGACAUGUCUCUGCCUCUCCCUUUUAUAUGACCUUUUUGUGUAAGCACAAAUCAUUCAGCCCUACAUGAAUGUCUGCUCUACACCUAUUAAAUGUAAGAAUAAGGGAACUCCCACAUCUCAGGGAUAAUGACUUUUGCCCUACUCUUGCUACAGCUGAACCACAGUGGGAAAGAUCAGAGAAUGCAGCUUCCAAGGUGACGAUCCAUAGGGCUAAAGGAGUUAUUGCUCUAACGGGGCAGAGGACAUUGAAAGAGCUUCUUUUUAAAAGAGCUUUCCCUGAGGCAAUUUAAUGGAAUGUUCAUUUAAAAGUAUAAGGACUUGGGCGCCUGGGUGGCUCAGGUGGUUAAGUGACUGCCUUCAGCUUAGGUCAUGAUCCUGGAGUCCCACAUGGGGCUCCCUGCUCGGCAGGGAGUCUGCUUCCCCUUCUGUCCCUCCCCCUUCUCAUGCUCUCUCUCUCAUAAAUAAAUAAAUAAAAUAUUUGAAAAAUCUUAAAAAGUAUAAGGAAUUAACUCUCCUUUGAGUUGUAUGGUUUUUGGAACAUGCUCAUUAACCUAGUAAUAGAGUAUUUAAUAAAAAUAUCACGUUACUUGAAAACAAUAAAAUGCAGUUAGCACUAAAAGUAUAUGGUAAAUAAUUCACACUUUUUGGAUUCAUAAAGUGCUUUGGAGUCUUGUACAUAUAGCCUUCAUAACUGAGUAUACAUACACAAUUACUGUUUUCAUGUGUCUGGAUGAAGGGGAAUUUGUUUGAUUAAUAAGACUCAGUUUCUACCAUGGCAAUGUUUAAGGAUGUUUGUUCACAUUUAUGUGCCCUAAAGUCCCAUUUAGUAUUUAAUAAAACAAGUAUAGGGUUUACCUGAUUUUAUUCCUACUUCUUUGUUUUUUCUUCUCCAGUAUCUAGUUAUUAUUAUGAGUUGGCAGCUCCCCCUUCCCCUCCUCUUGGUUACCGCAGAGUGAUUAUAAUGUAGUUGAACAACCUGACUCUCUAGAAGCUUUUGUUUUUUCUUCAUUUGCUUAAGGUAGGGAUGGAAAGAAAACCAAUGGAGUUGGUUAAAGAAAGAUUGCUGGGGGAUGGUAGCUAGUUCCAGCUGUUCUGUAACUAGAGAAGGAAUUGGUGACCUGUCCAAAAAGAACAGAUAAUACGUAAAUAUGGUAUUAGCAGUCCUAAUCAAUCCUGCAUGGGAAAGGCAGAAGGAAAAUCAGCUACCCCCGAAAGCAUCAGCAUCAGAAACCUCAAUUUUCAGUCUCUUUCUUUCCUACAUUUUCAUCUUCGCUUUCUGGCAACAGGGAAUGAAGAAGUUCUAAAUCAAUCUUGGAAAGAGGAAAGUGGUCUUAAUUUGAUUCCAAAGACUGAAUUAUAAAAACACAAACAGGGAGAAAUGUGUCUAAUAAAAAUGCCUGUUAACUGAUUAAUUAGUGACCUAGUUUUAGUUACUAAUUAGAAACAGUGAGUUUCUCUAUUUUUAAUAGAGAUUAUUAAUAAUAUUUAUAUUAUUAAUAAUAUUAAUAACGAUAUUUUAUAAUAUUUUAAUAAUAUUAAAUAAUAUUAAUAUUAUUUAAUUAUUUAAUAUUAAUUAAAUAAUAUUAAAUAAUAAUAUUUUAACUCUCUUUUUAAUAAGCUUUGUUCAGGAUAA